AUGUCUUUGCUUCUUCCCGCCACCGUUUUCGACUACGUUCGGCGGUCGGCGGCCUCGUUGCUUAGCACGGCCAGCCUCGACGGAGAAUACGAUUAUCUGGAGUCGCUGCUGCAGUUUGGCAUUGCUCCUUACUUUUCGGUGCUUACCUCGUCGGCCACCUCGCAGUCCGUGGCUUCUACACAGAAAAAGAUCUCCGAACUUACGCUUUCCUUCCAGCAUCUGCAGCAGACGAUCCAGAUCCCGAAUCUGGCCGCCACCGCGCACCCGGCCAUUUUACGUGCUGUGCGUGAAAACCGGCACCUCGCCGCUUUUUCUAUCGACAUUCUCGACGAGCACACCAAGACAGACUCCAAGAUUCUCAAUGAGAUGCAGUCGAUCGCGAACGACUGGAUGAAACAGGUCCAGAACGUGGCCCAGCUGAGCCACGAGCCUUCCGACGGACCCACGCUUGCCGAGGUGAAUUUCUGGGCCUCCAAGGAGGCAGCGCUGUUGUCUAUCCAGGAGCAGCUCAGAAGCCCCGAAAUCCAGCUCACUCUCGACGUUUUACGCUCUGCGAAGAGAUACCACGCCACGGUGACAUUCUCUGACACCGGCAUCAAGGACGCACUAAAUGUGGCUGCUAAGCACAAUCAGCUGCUCAAAGACCUUCCCAUCAACGAUCUUUUAUCCGCCCAAUCGUUGGACAAAAUCGGCGAGGCUGUUUCUGCCGUCUUUGAGCACUUGCGCAAACUCCGGGUGACCAUGUAUCCGAUCCAGCGAGCAAUUAAGCUCUGUCAGUCCAUUGUUGAGGAUAUCGUGCACAAAAUAAGCAGUGUAUUACACGAUGCAAAGGUGAUGGAACUAACGUAUGCUGCCUUCAAGCUCAUAAGCGAUCAAGUUGACGGUUUAUUGGGAACCCUCGAGGAGUGUAUAAAGGACUUCACCACGAUGGCUCGCGAGCUGCUUCGGAAGAGAUCAGACAAAUUCAUUGCUGUGAGGAUUGCGGUCCCAAAUGAGCUGAAAGAAGCCGUCUCGAAAGCUGCGGAGUUCAGGUCCCAGCACGAAGAAUUAAGAGAAAUAGUGUCAAACCUGGUUAAAGCCACUAAGGUCACUGAGUACCUGGAUGAGCUUGACUAUGCUUAUAGUGCCGUGGAGACUGCGAACCCCCUUGACCUGGGACCAGAGGGCCAGAGAGCAUGGACACAGGCAGAGAGGACGUAUCAGAAGAGAGUGAAUGCGCUGGAAGACAAGCUGAUUGAAUUUCUCCGCCAAACGCUCCAGGCAAUCUCGGCUCCAAACGAGACCUUCACGGUAUUUGAACAGUACUCGUUUUUGCUAAAACGGUCCAACAUCAGAGCUUCGAUAUUUGACCACCAGAGUGAGCUAUUGCAGGUGAUUCAGGAUGAUCUAGCUUCCCUUCAGCAGGAGUUCAAACGACAGAGAAGCACACAGAAAAUGCUCCAGCUUCGAGAUGUUCCGCGCUUCAGCAGCAUGAUCGCCUGGAUCAGCCAAGCGAGAUACAAAAUCGAGUUUCUGGCCGCGCGUAUGGAACUGGUUUUGACAAAAGACUGGGCAAAGUAUCCUGAAGGUGCGAAAAUCGAGAAUGAGAUGAAGUUGCUUAUGGAAAAGCUGGACCUGGAUAAGUGCUACCGCGAUUGGCUGUCCAAUUUCAACCACAAUUUUAAAGAGAUGACUGUGAAACGAUAUAUUUUCAAGAUAGAGCGCACAGAGUCAAAGGAUUUUAGGGUCAAGGUCAACUUGUCACCCGCUGACGCGGAACUGUUCAAGGAAGUCAACUUGCUCCAGAUCAUGGGUUUUGAAAUUCCCCGGAAUGUCGCCUCGCUUGCCAAUAUUUUGGAGACAGUAUACCCCGUUGCGACCAGUCUCAAUAACUCAGUGAUCAAUCUUGAGUCUGUCUUGCAGCAGGUCGAUCAGUUGGGCGAGCUCAAAGUUUUGCUACAGCCAUACCUAAACAUCAUUUUCAAAGGCAUUAAGUUUCUUUCGCAGUCUGAGUGGAUUGCACUGGAGAAUGCUCAAGUUUUAAUUGACUCGGGUUUAACGAAUCUCGAUGAAGUGAAAGUAUGCGAAGAAGCCGAGAAUUUCCAGUCCCAGAUCCAGACUCUUUUGCAAAAGUUUGAGUUCUUGGAGUUUUCAAGAGAACAGAUCAAAGCAAUUCUUGAUGACUUAACGACCUGCAAGUACACUGAGGAGGCGUUUCGUUGCAACAUCGACGCGUUGCAACGAGAAGUCAACCAGUUUGCCCUACAAGGAUUUACAAAUAUUGAGGAGUUUACCAAUGCGAUGAACGUUGCGGUGGAGGAUAUUCUUUUUCAUAGGUGCAAGUCUGAGCUGACCGUCUGGAAAGCAAGAUUAUGCGGCAUGGAGGGAGACAUCCCAGAUAAAGUCCACACAAUAGUUAUGCAGGACUUUAAGAUAGUUGUUCGUCCUCCCUUGGAAAUCUCUAAGAUGUCAAUUGUUGGAGAUCUCAAUAAAUGCCUGAGUACCGUCACCAACCAACAGCGAUUAACCUCUGGCCAGUUUGACGUCUCCACUGAUCAAAACGCUCACUUUUUUUCUGGCCCUCAGAUAUUACUUCAACGGCCAUACUUUGAAUGCAUCGAGGAGCUUGAACACGUUGUGGUCUCGGCCAAAGGCCUUGUAGAUAAAUGGCUUCAGUUGCAAUCGCUAUGGAGCAUUGACUUUCAGGAUUUGAAAAGAGCGUUUGGCACCAAUCUCUCACAAUGGCGUGAUGCGCUUCUCGACGUGAAAAACCUCAAGGAAGCGUUUGACACAGUGGAGACGUUCACGAGAUUUGGGCCUAUCAAACUGGAGUAUGAACAAGCCCAGUGGAAGGUGAGCAAUUAUUACAAUACGUGGCAGCGGAAUAUCUCAGAUAUCCUUACACAACUAGUCUCAAAAGAGAUCAGAUGUAGCCUUGAGGAAAUCAAAGCACAACGAAGAGCACUGGAAUCAGCUCCAGUCGAUUUCGGCUCUGCGAAGGCUGUCAUAGCUUUGGUGGACCUGCUCUAUCAGACAAAGAAUUAUGUUCAAGAGAGCUCCACCAAAAUUGAGACCAUUGACUCUUGCAACCAUCUUUUGAUCCUUUUCCGCGUCAAGUUUGGGCACGAUUGGGUUCAUUUUGAGCAGCUUCAAAAAGCUUUUCUUUCAUUGAGCAGUCUGGUGGAUGCCAAAAUCAAUCUAGUUCUAGCUAAUAUGGAUCUCGUGGUCAGCACAGUAGAAAGAGAAGCCAGUCUGCUCAGGGAGUCCAUUGACUCCUUGAAUAAACAAUGGGGUAAUGACAAACCACUGGGGAAGAGACUUGAGCCAGAGGUGGCUCUUUCGUCAUUAAGCGGGUUUGAAAAAGCCUGUCAGAGGCUGAUCAAAGAACGGUCAAAGCUUUUGAACGCUUCCAAGGUUCUUGAUCUUCAGCUGCUCAUAAAGGAUACUUUAUCGUCGAUUUUAGGAGAAGUCGAGGAUCUGAGGCGAUUCUGGUCAAUUAUCAAUGAAUUACAAGUUUCUUUAACGGAUUUACGCUCUCAAGAAUGGUCGUCUGUUACCAUAACAUCUCUUCGAAAGACUUUGGAAGACGUCCUAGCCCGUUCCAGGGCCCAACCUGCCGCCAUAAGACAGUACUCUGCUUUUGAAGAGUUUCAAGCAAAAGUCAAGACUUACAUCAAGGUCCUGCCGAUUAUAGGAGGACUGCGCUCUGAUGCGAUCAGUGACCGUCACUGGAUUGAGAUAUUCAGAGAUCACACACUCAAAGACCCGCCGGCAAAAAUGACUCUGGGCCACGUUCUGGACCUAGAUUUGGUUACGAAUGAGAAAUACUUCAAAUCGGCGAUACACAAAGCACAAGGAGAAAAGAACCUGGAGAAAUCCAUUACUGCUAUACAGAAGAACUGGGAACAGCUUUCUUUCGAGCUAUUCCGGUUUAAUGACGACUUCAUUCUGAUUAAGGGUUGGGAUGCCUUGUUUCAGACCAUCACGGAAGACCUCAACAGCUUGUGGUCAAUGAAUAUGUCGCCGUACUACUCCGCAUUCGAGAAAACGGUUAACCAGCUAGAGAUGAAACUGUCCGAUGUGCAAACUGUUUUAGAUAUGUGGAUUGACGUACAGCGUCAAUGGAUAUAUUUGUCCGGUGUGUUUGAGAAGAACGAUGAAAUAAAGAAGCUGCUACCAUUGGAGUCAACCAGAUUUUACAACACAUCUGCAGAAUUCCACUCGCUAAUGAAGAAGGUACACAAAUCGGUGCUGGUGGCUGAGGUGAGCAACAUUCCGAACAUCAAGCAGGUUUUGACCAAGAUUUCUGAAACCCUGGAGAAGAUCAAGAAAUCUCUGAUAGGGUAUUUGGAAAAGCAGAGGGACAUUUUUCCUCGAUUCUAUUUUAUCGGAAACGAGGAGCUGCUUGAGAUUGUUGGAAAUUCGGCCAACAUUCCCCUAGUUUCCUCAUAUCUGCAGAAAAUGUUCAUAGGAAUUGCGGGAACGCUGUACAAUCCAGAGCUAUCCAGGAUUGAAGGAAUUGUUUCCCCGGAAGGAGAAAAGGUCAAUUUGAACUCACCGGUCUCCUUGGUAGCUCAUCCGUCUCUCACAGAUUGGCUACGUGAACUGGAAACGGAAACCAAACGAACUCUAGCUCAUUUGUUGCAACGUUCGCUGAAACAGCUACUUACCGUUUGGGACUCCCAAGAUCAAAAAGGAAGUCUCGUUCAGUGGAUCGACAAAUACCCAAACCAGGUUCUGAUUCUUUCGCUGCAAGUGUUUUGGACGCAGCUGGUGGAAUCCAGCGCCGAACUUAGCAUAUGUGAGGAAAAAUACAGCGAAGUGCUUUCGAUCUUUGCAGAACUUAUUCUGCACGAUUUGUCGUCCUUGCAACGAAGGAAGUACGAAAAUCUGAUUAUUGAGCUUGUGCACCAGCGUGAGGUUUUAGCUCUGCAAGAGAAGCAGAACUUGAAGUCUUAUGAGUGGCUGUCACAGCAGCGUUAUUACUUGAUAGAGACAGAUAACAUCCUUGAGUCUGUGGUGGUGAAGCAAGGCAACUGGGCAGCACACUAUGGAUUUGAGUAUCUUGGUGCUCCCGCCCGUCUUGUCUACACUCCGCUGAUGGACAGGUGCCACCUUGCUAUGACUGAGGCAUUGAACGAAAAAUUAGGAGGCUCUCUUGUUGGACCUGCAGGUACGGGAAAAACGGAGUCUAUCAAGGCACUGGGACAAAAUCUAGGGGUCAUGGUGCUCGUGUUCUGUUGUGACGAGACCUUUGAUUUUCACAGUGUCAGCAGGAUCCUGAUCGGUGUCUGUCGUGUAGGCUCGUGGUGCUGUUUCGAUGAGUUCAAUAGACUGGACCGGAAAAUGCUGUCUGCGAUUUCCACGCAGAUCGAGAAGAUCGAGACUGCUUUGGAAGCUGACAACGGUAUGGACAUUGAGAUCCUGGGCAAGAAGUUUCCUGUGGCGGCAGGAUCAGGCGUUUUCAUCACCAGCAAUCCAAACUAUGCCGGCAGAUCUGCCCUUCCGGACAACCUGAAGACCAAGUACCGUACAUUUGCCGUUGUGCAGCCAGACGAGAGCAUGAUUUGCGAGGUUAUCUUGAUCUCCCAGGGAUUUAGCUCUGCUAAGAGAUUAGGCGAGCAAGUGGUGGACUUCUUCAGAAGAUUGGCAUCGAGCUGUUCAGAUCAGCCUCACUACGAUUUUGGACUGCGUGCCUUGAAAAGUACAUUGGCAAGGUGCGGCGGGUUUCGCAGAGCUCUCAGAGACCAGUCCGUUGAUUCCGAGAUGGAGAGCAGAAUUGUUGUCCACAGCCUGAACACAGUCACUCUGCCCAAGCUACUUGUUCACGAUGAGCCAUUUUUUGCUGAGCAUAUCAGUAUAUUUGGGUGUGCUGAAGGCCUGAAGACUGCAGCCGACGAGCUUGUUCCACACCUAAAGGAGAUAGCUGCCGAGAAAGGACUUGCAGCAUCCUCGGCGUGGCUGAAGAAGGCCCUACAAGUUUUCGAGAUACAGCGGUCGCAUCACGGAUUUAUGAUGGUUGGAGAUGCUGCAAGCGGCAAGACCCUGCUCUUCGAGUGUCUUUUAGAGGCCAUGAAGCGAUUGACGGGGGUGGAGAACUCCGUGUACACGAUUGACCCGAAGGUUCUGGGAAAAGAGCCUUUGUAUGGCUCUUUGGACUACGCAACGAGAGAGUGGACUGACGGCGUCUUUACCUCGAUUUUGCGGCGCGUGGAGCUGAACCUGCGUCGGGAGAAAUCCAAGAACAUAUGGAUCGUUUUCGAUGGGGACGUCGACCCGCAAUGGGUCGAAAACCUCAACAGUGUUCUCGACGACAACAAGAUGCUGACUCUGCCCAGCGGAGAGCGGAUUCCUCUGCCAGAAAACGUCAGGAUUGUGUUUGAGGUCGAGAAUCUGAACUUUGCAACUCCAGCCACAGUCAGUCGAUGUGGUAUUGUCUCGUUUGGAAACAGGCUUUUCGACCUCGAAGACUAUUAUGCCAACCUCAUGUGCUCGUUCCGCAAUCAAUCACUUGAAAACGAAGAUAUGGCAGGAAGCUUUCGGGGUGGCUCAGUGGACGACAUUAAGCAGAAAUUUGUGGAUCACGUACAGGAGCUGCUUCCAGCAUCUGUGCUCCAGCAAGUAUUGUUGGAGACGAAGAAGUAUGCGCACGUGAUGGACCGCGAUUUGAGCAUGAUUGACACUUUUUUCGGCUUGAUGUCACAGAGACUCGAGCAGCUGGCCGCGCAAGCUGCCAUCGUCCACGACGACACCGUUCCUUAUGUGGCUCGUUCGACUCUCCAUUCGUUAAUGUGGUCCUUUGCUGGGGACCUGACGUUGGAGAACAGGGAGAGAUUCUGCAGCUACGUGCAGACCUUACCUGGGCUCGCGCGGUUCAGUUCACCAGACAUGCUUUACUCCGACAUCUCAAUGGUUGACUACGAUUGGUCACCCUGUGACGUUGAAGCGAUCGACCUAGAGCCUCAUAUGAUCACAAGACCAGAUAUCGUCAUUCCAACGCUUGGCACCCGUGUCCUCGAGAAUCUUAUUUUCUCGCUCGUGAGAAAACACGAAACUGUGAUUCUCUGCGGUCCUCCCGGUUCCGGAAAGACCAUGACAUUGAUGGCUGCGCUCAGAAAGUCGCACCAGUACAUAUUUGUGGGCGUGAACUUCUCCAAAGACACGACGCCGGAACUGGUUGUUAAGGCACUGGAGCAACACUGUGUCUACCAAACGAGCCCGGCAGGGCUCAAGCUUGUUCCUGCGGUGGCUGAGAAAUGGGUGGUCUUAUUCUGCGACGAAAUCAACCUUCCUGCGUUCGACGAGUAUGGCUCGCAGACGACAAUAUCGUUUUUGCGACAACUGGUGGAAAGAAACGGAUUUUGGAGGAAGCAGGACGGGGCGUGGGUCAGUUUGGGGAACAUCCAGCUUGUUGGAGCCUGCAAUCCGCCCACAGACCCUGGGAGAAACGUUUUGAAUCGCAGAUUCCUGAGGCAUUGCUCUGUGAUCAUGGUGGACUAUCCUGGCACACAAUCAUUGAACCAGAUCUAUUCUACAUUCAACAAAGCGCUGCUCAAGUGUGUUCCCGACCUAAGAGGCUACGUGCAGUCCCUCACCGACUCGAUGAUCCAGGUUUACACCUCGUCAAAAGCGCAUUUCACGGACAGAGCACACUACAUAUACUCCCCGAGAGAGCUGACCCGUUGGGUCCGUGGCAUUUACGAGGCGGUCCGAUCUUCUCCGCAACUUUCUUUGGAAGGUUUUCUCCGCAUAUGGGCCCAUGAAGCUUUGAGGCUGUUCUCUGACCGUUUAAUCUCCCAGGAGGAAAGAAACUGGACCUACGAGAUGAUCAAAUCGACACUCACCAAUAAUUUCCCUUGCAUUGACGCAGAAAGUGCACUACAGACGCCGAUUCUGUAUUCUGGCUGGCUGUCGUACGACUACAGCCCUGUUUCCGAAAAGGAGCUCGGUGCAUUCGUUGAACAGCGACUAAAAGUGUUCAGCGAGGAAGAGACAAAUGUUUCGCUCGUGCUCUACCCGGACUUGCUGGACCAUGUGUUGCGCAUAGAUCGGGUACUGAAAAACCCACAAGGCCACAUGAUUCUUGUGGGGCCGAGCGGCAGCGGAAAGACCACGCUUACCAAGUUUGUCGCAUGGAUUAACGGACUUUCGAUUCAUCAGCUGAGUGUUUCCAGGAAUUACACUCUGGCGGAAUUCGAUGCGACUCUGCGGGAACUUCUUCGACGGGCAGCGGACGGCGAAAAGUUGUGUUUCAUUAUAGACGAGUCCGCUAUUUUGGAGACGGCAUUCCUGGAAAGGAUGAACACUCUUCUUGCCAAUGCAGAGGUUCCCGGACUAUUCGAGGGAGAAGAUUACAACACGCUGAUGACUGUGUGCUCACAGAAGUCGCAAGAACAGGGCCUAUUCUUAGACUCCGACGCGGAGCUGUACACCUGGUUCACAGAACAGGUAGCCAAGAACCUCCAUGUGGUGUUUACAAUUACGGAUCCCUACUCGUCAAACGCGCCGCCUCUUAUUUCGUCUCCUGCCUUGUUCAAUAGAUGCGUGAUUAGCUGGAUGGGUGACUGGAGAGCAGAGUCUCUGGAGACAGUGGCCAAAGGAUUGUUGGCUGUUCUGCCGAUUAAUAACUCCCAGUACCACGCGCCUUCUGGAGUGGACGUGGAUGGAUUACGUGACGCCGUCGUGGAUGUUCUGGUGUCUAUACAUGGUGGAUUCAGAAACAGGAGCCCGACUCCUAAUGAGUUUUUCAGUCUGGUGAAUAAUUUCAUCCGCUCGUUUAAACAGAAGGAAACAGAACUCCAAGAGCACCAGUCGCACAUCAAUGUUGGUCUAGACAGGCUUAGAGAGACAUUCCUGGAGGUCAAGAAGCUGAACGAAAGUCUGUCUGUUAAGAAGAUUCAGCUGGACAACAAGAACAAGGAGGCAAGACAGAUGCUUGACAAGAUGAUCACAGAUCAGAACGAGGCAGAACGCAAACAGGAAGCGUCGAUCGAGAUCCACAAGCGGUUCGCAGAGCAGGAACGCAUUAUCAGCGAGCGCCGGAACCUUGUUCUUGAAGACCUGAGAAAUGUGGAGCCUCUGAUUCUAGAGGCACAGAAGGGAGUCAAGAACAUCAAAAAACAGCACCUUACAGAGCUCCGUUCGAUGAACAAUCCUCCUGAGGCAGUGAAGAUGACGCUUGAAUCUGUGUGUAUUCUUUUGGGAUACGACGUGAGUACGUGGCGCGAUGUCCAGCUCAUAAUUAGAAGAGACGACUUCAUUGCAAGCAUUGUCGGGUUCGACAGCGAAGUGCAUCUUACGAAGGAGUUGGCGGACUUCAUGGAACGCGAAUUCAUUUCAAGACCAGGGUACAAUUUUGAGGCAGUCAACCGGGCCAGUAAAGCUUGCGGACCGCUCUUACUCUGGGUGGAAGCUCAGCUGAGAUAUGCUUCAGUUGUUGAGAAAGUUCAGCCCUUGAGAAACGAAGUGCAGCUGCUGGAAAACGAGCUUGUUGAUACCAAGGCUAAAUUGAUUGCGAUCGAUGGCAUGAUCAACGACUUGCAGGAGAGCAUUGAAGUCUACAAGGAAAAGUACAGCGAGACCAUUCGUGAAAGUGAAAAAAUCAAGGCUGAGAUGCAGGACGUGGAGGCCAAAGUCGGCCGUAGCACCCUGCUUCUGGAGAGCUUGCGAGAGGAGAAAGUCAGAUGGGAGGCAAGUGUUGUGGCGUUCCAGGGCCAGAGAGAGUGUCUUGUUGGCAACACUCUUCUGGAAGCAGCCUAUAUGUCAUAUCUAGGACGCUAUAACGAGCUUGAAAGGCGUGAGUAUUUGGAGCUCUGGAAGAGAGAGCUUGCAAAAUACGCCAUUCCAUUCGACAGCACGUUCACCUACCGUGCAUCCAGCCUGAAGCCCGACCAGGAGUUUACUUGGCAAACAAACGGUCUUCCGAACGACGAGCUGUUCAUAGAGAACACCAUGAUGAUGUCUGCAGACAAGAGGUUUGCGUUCCUCAUUGAUCCUUCGGGCUUGAUGAUUGACUUUAUGGGAAAACAAUACCAGGACCUUGUGAUCACCAGCUUUUUGGACGAUGGGUACGUGAAGCUACUGGAAAACUGCAUUAGAUUUGGAGGGUCCAUUCUCAUUCGGGAUGGUGAACAUUACGAUCCGAUUAUCAGCCGCGUGAUUGCCAGAGACGUUGAAACCUCAGGCGGUCGCAGCCUCGUCAAGCUUGGAUCACGGGAAAUUGACCUUUCUCCUAACUUCCAGCUGUUUGUGCACACCAAGGAUGCGUCUGCUCGAAUUCCGCUAUGUUUGGAAGCACGGAUGAACGUUCUGAAUUAUACCUUCACCAGCAGCUCCCUCGUGAACCAGGCGCUGAACAUGACUCUUAACAGUGAACAGCCAUCGCUCCAACAGCAGCUGGACGAGCUCUCUAAGCUUAACGGUGAAUAUAAAGAGUCGCUGUACAAUUUGGAAAACGAUCUCCUGUUGAGCUUGAGCGACACUCGAAUGAGCAUCCUGGAGAACGAUGAGCUGGUAAACAAGCUCGAGUCGAUCAAACACCAGGCCGCAACCAUCAAGACCAAGCUCUCGCGGUCCUCGGAAGUCCUGGACCAGGUGAAACAGGUGAGAGACAAGUACCUGAGCCUUGGUGAAGCUUUCUGCAACAUACAGCUUCUUCUUGACCGUCUCUGGAAACUCAACAGAAUAUAUCAAUUUGCAUCCCUUGAUCUUGUUGUGAUAUUCAGGAAGAUGCUCAUGCAGAACAAAGGUCGGCCUGUCUCCGAAAUGGUGAAAGCUUUUGGUAAAGAGGUGUAUUCAACGCUUUCCAGCUCGCUGCUGCAAGAAGACCGUGCUAUCUUCGAGAGCCUGCUCAAGCAAUAUGUUGGCGACUUUGAGCACUCUGGCGAGUACGACAUUUCGCAGCUGCUCGCGUCAAAUAAGUAUUUCAUUUUGCGCACCUCUGGCGGGUUCGAUGCGAGCUCCACCGUCUACUCGCUAGCACGGACCGCUCAGCAGCACGUCGAGUCCUACUCCAUGGGCUCCAGCGAGGGAGUGGAGGUUGCGCGCAGGCUCUUUGCUGCCGCGUUGAAAAAAGGCAACUGGUUGCUGAUCGAAAACGUGCACAUGGCUCCUGACUUUAUCGAGAUCAUUCCCAAGCUUCUUGAAGGAGAAAUACACAAAGAGUUCCGCCUGUUCAUGACCAGCCAGACAGACUCGCACAUCGCUGCGACGGUAGUCAAGAUGUGCAAGCAGGUAAUUCUGGAGAGCAAUCCUGGAAUACGAACGGUUCUCCAGGAAACUCUCGUCAGAACCAACGGCAUCCUGAAUCUUGGAAAAGCUCAACAUCCAGACCACGCGAGAAUGUACGUUUUGCUGGCGUGGUUUUAUGGCAUCCUCAGGGAGAGACUGCGGUUUGUGCCCGUUGGGUUCAAGGAGAAUUACGAGUUUACGCAGAGCGAUCUGUCAUCGGCCAGAAACGUGCUGGACCAGAUAAUAUCUAAGGGUAUUUCGUGGGACAUGCUUUCGAACUUGCUCGGUCGUGUUGUCUUUGGAGGAAAAGUGACCGACAAGGAGGACCUCAAAGCCAUUACCGACAUUUCAGCUCUUCUGUUCAAUUCGAACGUCCUCGAUGCGCAGAGCAUUGCCGUCGACGGGUCCUCUGUCUUCCUCCCGGAGACGGACAGCAUUGACGACUGCAUCUCGUGGAUCAAUUCCCUUCCAGAGAUUGAGCCUAUCAGCUGGCUGGGACUUAACACAGAGGUUGAGAGGAUUGUGGAAGAAAAGCAAGCGUCCAGAAUUAGUGCCGAGAUACUAAAACUGAAAUAA